GGCCAGGUCUCAGGAAGCCAGGCAAUGAGCAGAGGGAAGGAUGAGGCAUGUAGAAGACAUGGGAGUGAAGUAGUGAGAUAGUGAGUGUAGGGAGCACAUGAGGAGCUGGUUGGGCAGUGUCUAAACACUUGCAGUGCUCCCACUCUCCCUCUCCCUCCCCUCCCCAUCAUUACACUAAGCUGUGUGCAAUAGAACAGCUUGGAUUUCUCUCUCUAUUCAGCGCACACACAGACACAGGAAAGGAAUACAGGACAGAAAGACACACCAUACACCCAGCACACAUCACAAGGCUGCCCUUCCUCUCACCCAUCACUGGCUGCAAGAAGAUUCUCCUCCAUGGCCAUGAUAAGAGCUGCUGGAUUUAUCAUCUCCCUGUCUCCAACAAUCUGAGUGUUCACAGGGAAGGAUCCGCUGUGUCUGGGAAUGACAUGAGGAGGACCCUGAUUUUACAAGCCUUCUGAUCACCUUUCUAAAAGCUCCAUCGAUUUCUUUGCUGGAGACAGUGAGGAGGAUUGUGCAUGUGCUCCAGGCUUCUCUGUCCUUCUGGGGAGGAAGCCGAACACUGAGAAGAUCUUCUGCAACAGCAGCAAGCCAGGGCCUUGACCACCGACAAAGGAGAGCCAUCCCCUGCCAGGGUCCUAUAAUACCAUGGCGGACACCGAUGAGGGCUAUGGGAUGCCUGAUACCCCGGUGGAAGCAGACCACAAGGAGCUGCAGUGUGAUCCCAAGCAGGACAGUCAGCUGGGGGCCAGCAGCAAGACCCCCACCUCCCCACAAGCUGCCUUCACCCAGCAGGGAAUGGAAGGCAUUAAGGUAUUCUUGCACGAACGAGAGUUAUGGAUGAAAUUUCACGAAGUUGGCACAGAGAUGAUCAUAACCAAGGCGGGAAGGCGAAUGUUUCCCAGUUACAAGGUGAAAGUCACUGGCCUCAAUCCAAAGACCAAGUACAUCCUUCUUAUGGAUAUUGUGCCAGCUGAUGACCACAGAUACAAGUUUGCUGAUAACAAAUGGUCGGUAACUGGUAAGGCUGAGCCGGCAAUGCCUGGGCGCUUGUACGUUCACCCAGACUCUCCUGCCACUGGUGCACAUUGGAUGAGGCAACUGGUUUCUUUCCAAAAGCUAAAGCUCACUAACAACCAUCUGGAUCCUUUUGGGCAUGCUGGCAGUGCUGCUGUCCAAAGGUGUCUCUGUUGCUCUUCCAUCCAGAAUGGAGACACCCUAAGACAAGAAGUGUGUUACUGGACAGAUCACCAGGUGAAAAUAAAGAUCAUCCUGAAUUCCAUGCACAAAUAUCAGCCUCGGCUCCACAUAGUUAAAGCAGAUGAAAAUAAUGGAUUUGGGUCCAAGAACACUGCUUUCUGUACACAUGUCUUCCCGGAAACAGCAUUUAUAGCAGUCACUUCCUACCAGAACCACAAGAUAACACAGCUGAAGAUUGAAAACAACCCAUUUGCCAAAGGCUUUAGGGGGAGCGAUGACAUGGAGCUGCACCGAAUGUCCAGGAUGCAAAGCAAAGAAUAUCCAGUAGUUCCAAGAAGUACAGUGCGACAGAAAGUUUCAUCCAAUCAUAGUCCAUUUCCCUCUGAAUCCCGAAAUAUUUCCAGUUCCUCCAACCUCAGUUCUCAGUUCCAGUGUGAGAAUGGUGUUAGCAGCACCUCUCAGGACAUAAUGCCUCCUUCCAACUCAUACCAACCUCUUCCUCACGAACCUGGGCCUAUAUAUCACUGCACAAAAAGAAAAGCAAGUGAAGAAUCAUCUGAAAAUCCUUAUAAGAAGCCCUACAUGGACACAUCUCCAAACGAAGAAGAUCCAUAUUACAGAUCUGGGUAUCCACAACCAUCAUCCUCUUCUUCAUCCUCAACCUCAUUUCGCACAGAGUCUGCUCAACGUCAGGCCUGCAUGUAUGCUAAUUCAGCACCUGCCACAGAGCCUGUCACGGGCAUAGAAGACAUUUCAUGUAAUAGCUGGUCAAGUGUGCCAUCUUAUAGCAGCUGCACAGUGGGAAGUGGAAUGCAACCUAUGGAGCGAUUGCCCUACCAGCACUUCUCUGCUCAUUUUACCUCCAGCUCACUCAUGCCCAGAUUGGGCAACCAUGCAAGCACACAGGCUGCAGAUACCCACUCCAUGUUCCAACAUCAGCCUUCUCACCAAGCUAUUGUAAGGCAGUGUGCACCUCAGCCUGCAGGGUUACAACCGGCUUCUUCCCUCCAGUCCUCUGAGUUCCUUUACCCACAUGGAGUUCCUCGGACCCUAUCACCACACCAGUAUCACCCUGUUCAUGGGGUGGGAAUUGCACCAGACUGGAUCGAGAAUAGCUAACAGAACACAGACAUUAAAUAUACAUUGUUUUGAAGUAAAAGCCUAAAACAAAAUGUUUGUAGGACAACAUAAAGUGAAGAUAUCCUAAAAAAGACACACAAACUUGUAUGCUGGAUCAUUGCUUCUUAAACACCUCAAACUUUCACCCAAUUUUUCACUUUAUUCCUAUUCCUUCUGGCACCAGGAUCACAAAUGGGGUUAAGAGGAAUGCAAGAAAAAGCAAGCUGGGAAAUGCAAGCUGAACAGUCUAAAAUGACCUAACUAGAGUUUUUGUACUUCACACAAUGGGCUUUAUUAGGAUGAUUGGUGCUUAUAUGUGAAAGCAGCACUUCAUAAGUUCACUGACAUGCCUCUGCCAAAACGUUGGGUGUUUGCAGUUUGUUACACUGUGUGACGUAGGAGGCUGGGAGAAUAGUUUUCAAAUAUGUCAGAAAAGGGGGGGAACACAGCAAGAGUGUGUUGGAGAGGAGCAGAGAUUCCAUCAAAGCUACACUUCCCCUGUGUUCUUCUGUUCUUUCAUUUUUUUGGGGUCAUCAUAUCAAAAAUAUCGUACAAAUGUUAAAAAAGGUAAAGCUUGUAUAUAAACCAGGUCAAUAAAAGGUACAGCUAAGAAACAAAAAUAAACGUGCUCUCAAUCACCCAAGCACAGCAACAAUUAUGUUACCCUUCCUACUUUAUAAAGGUAACAUUUUUGAUCAUUUUGAGUUUUGGCAUAGCACUAACAUAUAUUUCUAGGGAAUUCUCUGGUUCUUUACAAGAACAUGCUAAAGUUGGUGACAUUGGAUUCCACUGUGUUUGAAAGUACAUUAGCAAUCAAAAGUGUACAAGAAUAUGUAAAAAGUGAACACUAAAAGGUAAAUGAAUGAUGAAUUAAUGCGCUUAGUAAGGCUGCAAUGCAAUUAAGACAUUUUCUUUUAAGCAAUAGUCUUGUUGCCAUUUUAACCUAUUAAAGCAUUGGACAUUUGGAUUUCUGCCCUCUCCAAAUACACAGUGGGGUUGAUUUACUAAAACUGGAGAGUGCAAAAUCAGGUGCAGCUCUGCAUGGUAGCCAAUCAGCUUCU